CUUCGAUUUGAUCUUCCUUCAAUGGCUGUCGUCGGCGCUCCGAUAUCGUCUCCGGCGACUCACCUGCAAACAAGAUUUAUCUCCAAUCCCAUUCUCCCUCGCUUUCGCCGGUCUUUCUCCACCGGGAAAUCACCAGCAACUUUCUCCGUCGUCGCUAUGGCUCCCCAGAAAAAGGUGAACAAGUAUGACGCCAAGUGGAAGAAACAGUGGUACGGAGCUGGAUUGUUCUUCGAAGGGAGUGAGCAAAUAAACGUCGACGUGUUCAAGAAGUUGGAGAAGCGAAAAGUUCUGAGCAACGUUGAGAAAUCUGGCCUGCUCUCAAAAGCAGAGGAGUUGGGACUCACAUUGUCAUCUCUUGAGAAGCUUAAAGUCUUCUCCAAAGCAGAGGAUCUUGGUCUUCUCAGUCUUCUUGAAAACUUAGCCGGAACAUCCCCUGCGGUCUUAGCCUCGGCUGCAUUACCGGCUCUCACGGCUGCUAUUGUAGCCGUGGUGUUGAUCCCGGAUGACUCAACUACUCUGGUGGUUGCUCAGGCGGUUUUGGCCAGUGCUCUUGCGCUUACAGGCGUUGUUUUGUUGGUUGGAUCUGUUGUUUUGGAUGGACUUCAAGAAGCUGACUGAUUCUUUCUUUGUAAACCAAACAUAAAAAAACCAUUUGUCCAAUUGAUUUUUGUCAGUUGUUGAUACUAUAGCUGUAUGGUUAGUCCAAGACAUAAGCUGAGUGAUAUAAAAACAAAAUCUAAGU